AUGUUCUCUUCCGCCUUCAAGACGUUCACAUCCAACAUCACUUCCAAUUAUGAAAUCUCAAAGCAGCCGACUGCCACCGCCGGUGUGUGGACGAUCUUUGAUGCCAAGAAGACUACUACAGGCGCUGCUGCUUCUGUUUUCAUGUUCAAACGCAGUUCGCUCGAGAGGGGAGAUGGAGGUCUUUCAGUCAGGACAAGUGCCACCUCCAUCAAGCGAGCCCAGGACGAGGUCGUCGAGCGACUCAAGAAGGAAGCAACCAGCCUGGCGAGAUUACGACAUCCUUCCAUUCUUCAGCUGGUCGAGCCCGUUGAAGAGACUAGGAGCGGCGGCUUGAUGUUCGCCACCGAGCCCGUCGUUGCAACCCUCGCCGGAGUCUUGGCCCAGAAGGACAGUGCCGAUUCUUCAGCUCGUCGAGUACGUGCGGACUAUGGUGAGCCGAGCUCAAGGGCCUUUAGGGAGGUUGAGUUGGACGAGCUUGAGAUCCAAAAAGGACUUUUACAGAUUGCUAAAGGCCUGGAGUUCUUGCAUGAUUCCGCCCAGCUGGUUCAUGGCAACCUCAACCCUGAUGCCAUCUUCGUCAAUGCCAAGUCGGAUUGGAAGAUAUCUGGUCUAGCGUUUGCAGGUCCACCGGACGCUGCUGAGGGCCACCAGCCUAUUCCACGCAUAUCCUUGAGCGAAGUCUUGCAUCAUGAUCCUCGGGUCCCCCGGUCUGUUGAGCUUGAUCUGGACUAUACAUCUCCGGAUUUCGUUCUCGAUUCUAAUGUCACGUUUGCCGCGGAUAUCUACUCUCUAGGUCUUGUUCUUCUGGCCUGCUAUCGAAAACCUCAUAUCUCUCCUUUCGAGACUCACGGUAACCAGUCAACCUACAAGCAGUUAUGUAGCUCUACGAGCACGGUUCCCAAUCCCAGUAACAAUUACCUUUGUGCGAAUGAGCUGCCACGAGAACUAGCACAAACACUACCGCGCGUCCUAGCUCGAAGACCUGCUCAGAGAUUGACAGCUAGCGAGUUCCAGCAGUCCGAGUAUUUCGACAAUAUCUUGGUGAACACAAUGCGCUUCAUCGACUCCUUCCCCGCCAAAUCUGCCGUGGAAAAAUCACAAUUCAUGCGCGGCCUCGGAAGAGUGAUGCCCCAGUUCCCGGCCUCUGUGCUGGGAAAGAAAAUCCUCAGUGCUCUUCUUGAGGAGAUGAAGGAUCGUGACUUACUGGCGCUGAUUCUUCAAAAUGUUUUUGCUAUCAUCAAAGUCAUCCCAAAGAGCCAGGAAACGGUCUCGGUGAAGGUAUUACCGCGAAUGAAGGAGAUCUUUCUAGCAAAGUCCAAAACAGAAGAACGAGAUACGAGCAAAGAAGCGGCGCUUCUCAUUGUGCUGCAAAACAUCAAACUUCUGGCAGACAAUUCCACAGCAAAACAGUUCAAGGAUGACGUUCUUCCAAUCGUCCAGGUGGCUAUGGAAUCCACAACGCACUCGUUGACCGACGCGGCCUUGCAAACGGUACCUGUCAUACUCCCGCUGAUCGAUUUCUCGACAGUCAAGCACGAGCUGUUCCCGAUUGUCGCCAAUGUCUUCGCCAAAACGUCAAGUUUAAGCAUCAAAGUCCGUGGACUGGAGGCUCUAGGCGUCCUCUGCGGAGUUUCCUCACCUUCCGCAGGGCAAGCAGAUGACCUAGGCGGCCAACAUGAGAGGAAUGGGCCUGACAAGAACACUUCAAGCCUCGACAAGUUCACUAUGCAAGAGAAGGUGGUACCGUUGCUGAAAGGCAUCAAAACCAAGGAGCCUGCCGUCAUGAUGGCAGCUUUAAAGGUGUUUCAGCAAGUUGGACAAAGUGCUGACGCGGAAUUCCUGGCUAUCGAAGUGAUGCCGAUUUUGUGGGCAUUCGCUCUGGGUCCGCUACUAGACUUGUCGCAGUUCAAGGCCUACAUGAACGUAAUCAAAGGGCUGUCAGCGAAGAUUGAGCGGGAGCAGCUUCGGAAGCUGCAAGAACUCGGCACUAGUCGCACUUCUGAGUCUCGCGCGAGCUCGACCAUAACAUCUCCCAUGAGCAACGGUUUCAGCGGAUCGGCUCAAGGCACUGGCAAUGAAGACGACUUUGCCAAACUCGUACUGGGUAACAAGUCUGAACACAGAAACGAUCCUUUCGCAGGCGCCAUGAGUGAUGGUCAAAGGCUAACGCAAAAUCCUCCAACCUUUUCAUGGUCUUCCACCAACCCAUCGAGCGGUCCAUCUCAGGCCCUACGAUCGACGACGCCGAGUAUGGCAGCUUUGCAGCCACAACCUCAGUCCCGCUCCGUCACGCCAGACGUCAGCAUGGGCGCGUUUCCUACCCUACAACCGAGUACCGGAUCUUCUGCUUCGAUCUGGGGCCAGCCUGCACUCACUGCAGCGCCAAUCGCCAGUCGCCCUCUUCAAUCGCCGAAUUACAGCUCAAAUGCCAUGACUUCGACACCAGCCGCGUCAACGAACAUGUGGCAAACCCCAGGCGUGGUACCGACGCAGCAGACUCCGGCCAUGGCUUCACCACCCAUACUGCCCCCUCCGCCGGCCAAUCCGACGAUGAACACAAAUGCAUGGCAGCAUCCGAACUAUAAUAUUCCGCCACCUGCAUCUACUCCUUCAAACUUUGGUAUCCCGCCUCCACAGAACAGCCAGUCAUCGUUGCAGCCUUCACAGCCGCAAAAAAGCGGGCUCGACAAGUACCAGUCAUUGUUGUGA